AUGUACGGUCGUCAUAUAAUUCUCGCGACGGUUUUUCUUGUCUUCCCGCUGAUUCUACGGCACGUCAAUGGCCAACAGCAGGUCAGCACAUUUUUCUCUUUUGUCCUCGAUCGUUUCCGCGAGGGCAUGAAUAUGUCGAAUCUCGAGUACAGCGAUAAUAAUGUGAAGAUUUUGAAAAAUUACGAUUUUGUUAUUGUGGGAGCUGGUACGGCGGGAUGUACUUUGGCGGCUAGGCUGUCUGAGGUGCCCAGCUGGAAGGUGUUGCUGCUGGAGGCUGGUGGUCCUGAGGUCUGGCCGAUGGAUAUUCCUGUUGUGGCCAAUAUGUUACAGGCCAACUUUGACAUCAAUUGGGCCUAUCGUACCCAGCCAUCGAAUAAAUUUUGUCUGGGUCUAAAGGACAAACGUUGUAAUUUCCCACGCGGCAAGGUCAUGGGAGGAUCAUCGGUGCUGAAUUAUAUGAUUUACACCCGUGGCAAUCGUCGUGAUUAUGAUACCUGGGCCGAGAUGGGCAAUGAGGGCUGGAGUUAUGAGGAUGUCUUGCCCUACUUCAAGAAACUCGAAGGUUCUUUGGUACCCAACGCCGAUGAGGAAUAUGUGGGCCGUAAUGGUCCCGUCAAGGUGUCCUAUGCCCAGUGGCGUUCGGAGGUUAGCAAAGCAUUCGUGUUGGCUGCCAUGCAAAAUGGUAGUGAUUAUGUGGACUACAAUGGCCGGCGACAGGUUGGAGUUUCCUACAUUCAGACCACCACAGAUCAGUCGAUACGUUGGAGUGCCAAUCGGGCAUAUUUGUAUCCGAUCAAGGGGAAGCGUCCCAAUUUACAUAUCAAGAAAUUUGCCACGGUCACAAAGGUGUUGAUUGACUCGAAGACAAAGAAGGCUUAUGGGGUGCUCUUCGAGUCGAAUGGCCAAUCGUUUGAGGUAAGGGCCCGCAUGGAGGUGAUAUUAUCGGCGGGAGCCAUAAAUACCCCACAAUUGCUGAUGUUAUCGGGAGUUGGCCCCGCAAAACAUUUAAAAGAAGUGGGCAUUGAACCUGUGGCAAAUUUGGCUGUGGGUUACAACCUCCAAGAUCAUAUAGCGCCGGCGCUGAAUAUUGUCACCAAUGAAACCACUCUUACCGUGGGAGAUUUCUUCGACAUCGAUGAAAUUGUGAAAAUGGAUACCCGGAAUAGUAUGCUGUCCCUGCCCGGAGCCGUGGAGGCCAUUGCCUUUUAUGAUUUGCAAAAUCCUCAAGAUCCCGAUGGUUGGCCAGAAUUGGAGUUAUUUACAACCCCAGGGGCUUUUCAUGAAAAUGUUUUCCUUGCCUCGGCCAUUGGGAUACGUUCGGAUGUGCUGCAUGCCCUCUACGAUGAGGUGGUGGAAAAGGAUAAAAGUGUUUUCCUCAUCUUUGCCAUGUUGCUGCAGGCUCGUAGUAAGGGGAGAAUUAUUCUAAGGAGUAAGGAUCCCGCUCAGCAUCCUUUGAUUUAUCCCAACUACCUCCAAGAUCCCUAUGAUAUGGAUGUUUUGGUAAAGGGGCUGCAGAAAAUCAUACAUUUACUGGACGAACCUGCAAUGAGGAAAAUAAAUGCCACCCUCUUGGAGGCCCAUCUGCCCAGUUGCCAACAAUAUCCGGAUAUUACUUCGAGAGAUUAUUUACAGUGUUAUAUACGCCAGUUGACCUUUACCAUUUAUCAUCAAUCGGGUACGGCGAAAAUGGGACCACAUUCCGAUCCAGAAGCUGUUGUAGAUCCUCGCUUGAGGGUCCAUGGCAUUAAGAAGUUGCGCGUGGUAGAUGCCAGUAUUAUGCCCAAAUUGGUGGCAGGACAUCCAAAUGGUCCGAUAUUUAUGAUUGCAGAAAAGGCAGCGGAUAUGAUUAAGGAGGAUUAUGGAAAGCUUUAA